CCGCGGGUGCCGCUCCGGCCGCGCCGCCGCCUCGCCGUGCCCGCGCGGCUGUGGGGCCGCCAUGGACCGCAACCCGUCACCGCCGUGCAGCGAUGCGGAGGAGGAGGAGGGGGACGCGGUGGGGAACACGGUGUACAGCAAGCACUGGCUCUUCAGCGUCCUCACCCGCCUCAUCGAGGUCAUCGCCCCCGCGGAGCCGGAUCCUGCCGCCAGCCCCGAGGGAGCCCGGACGGAGCUGGACGAGGAGAUGGAGAAUGACAUCUGCAAGGUGUGGGACAUGUCGAUGGACGAGGAUGUUGCUUUAUUCCUUCAGGAGUUCAACGCCCCCGAUAUAUUCAUGGGAGUUUUUGCCAAAUCAAAAUGCCCUCGCCUUACUGAAAUCUGCGUGGGAAUAUUAGGAAAUAUGGCCUGUUUCCAGGACAUAUGCAUGUCCAUUAGUAAAGAUGAGAAUCUUGGCCAAGUGCUAUUGCAGCGUUUGUGUGAUUCAGAUUCCCCGACUCUUCUGGAAACAAGCAGGCUGUUGUUAACUUGCCUGUCCCAGCCUGAGGUGGCCAAUGUCUGGGUUGAGAGAAUCCGAGAAAACCCUUCCGUGUAUGACUGUGUUUGCUUUAUCAUGUCCAGCUCUACAAAUGUUGACUUGUUGGUAAAAGUGGGUGAAGUGGUGGACAAACUCUUCGAUCUCGAUGAAGAGCUGAUGUUAAACUGGAUUAAAAACGGCACUUGCCAGUCUGUGGGACCAUCUGUAGAUGAUUCCCCUGAAGAACUUCCAGAUUUUAAGAUUGUGCCUUGUAUACUUGAAGCAGCCAAACAAGUCCGAUCAGAUAACCCAGAAGGACUUGAUGUUUAUAUGCAUAUCCUGCAGCUCCUGACUACAGUGGAUGAGGGGAUCCAGGCUAUUGUGCAGGCUCCUGAUGGAGGAAAAGAGACUUGGAGUUUGCUUUAUGACCUCGUUUGCCAGGAACUUUGCCAGCCAGAUGAUCCACCGAUCAUUGUGCAGGAGCAGAAGACUGUAUUGGCCUCUAUUUUGUCCGUGCUGUCUGCAAUGUUUGCUUCACAGACAGAGCAAGAAUACACCAGGAUGAGGAAAAAUAUGCCUCUGAUUGGGAGCUUGAUUCGUAUCUUACAAUACAUGGAGGGGUGUGGGAAGAGAGCUGUUGAUAACUCCAAGGAGUCCAAGCAAGAAGAGACUGGAAGGACUGAAAUAAAUGAGGAGGAUUUCCAUUUAAAAAUUUUGAAGGAUAUUUGCUGUGAAUUACUUUCCAAUAUGCUUCAAGAACUAACCAAGGAAAAUACAUUAGAAGGACUGCACCAGGGACAUUUGAAUGAACAGACGUGUUCCUGUGCAUUUCAGAACCUCUUACCUCUGUAUUUUGCAUCGGUGGAGAGUUUCCUUGAAGUCCUGCGUGAGGCUGACCAGACACUUGCUGACAAUCUAGAAAAACGUUUCCCAAGCCUGAAGGUUCACACCUAAGAAUGUACAUGGAAUAUUUUCCUUCUUUGGAAUGAAGAUUUUUUGACUGUUUCAUUACAGCGUUUCAUAAAUCAAGUUUUCAGUAAAUGCAGGAGAAUGAGGCAACCUCUUUAUCAGCAAGUGGCUUUUAAGAAAUGUUGUAGGUAGCUCUGAUCAACGUAGGGUUAAUCUGGCCUGCAUGGGGAAGGAAAUUGCUGUAAAUUCAGUCCUGCAUCUUCCAUCCUGUUUGCUCUGGUAAUGAGAGACUGUUGAUUUCUAAUUGCUCUCCUGCAGAGUAGUUUUCUUUGAGUAACUCUCAGUUCUGUGCUUUUCAACUUUUAAGUUGAAACAGCAAAAUGAAUGAAAUGCACCUAGUCGUUUUUUACCAUGGUCCUAGUUUCUUUCAAGUUGCUGUUGGCAAAAGGAGGGUUGUUCAGUAGCAAAUCUCCUUUGAGGACCUGAUAAAAACAGAGUUAAGUUAUACAGAGUUUUUUGGGGUUUUUUUUUAGGUCAUAUCUGUACCUUGAGCAGGUAUUGUAACUGAAGUGUUUCAUCCUGCUCCUUUAAAAUCUUCACACUGCUUCCACUGAAGCCUCUUCUACACUGCAGCUCUGAGCUGUUGUGUCUCAGUCCUGUGCAGUUCAAAGGAUUUGAGAAUAUUGUUACCAAUGGUCUGUGCUGCAGCUUCCAGCCGUUGCAGUCAGUUAAGAGUUAAGAGUUUUAGGGCAGUUUUGGAUUUAAUCCCUGGCAUACUUGCAGACUUUCUGCUUUUUUACUGCAGUCUGUGCUUCAGUUUAGGAAUGUAACAUAUAUUGGUUCUUUCCUCAUUCAUUUAUUGUAUAAAUUAUCUCUGAAUGACACAAGAAAUGCCAUGUUUUUUAGGGGAGCUUAAGGUGUUAGGUUACUUGCAGGAAAUUGAGUCUACAAUCUUCUAGAAAUCCCACUUUUAAUUACAUGAUGUUUUAACUGCAUUGCAUUUUUAGAGCCUAUGCCUGCCUCCAGUGCAGCUAAAAUGUUUUGAGUCUGAAAAGACAGUACAGCAGCACAUCAGCUUCAGUGUUUCUGUAAAUGAGAGUGGAAAACAAUUGGUCUUUAUUAGGUUUGAGAUGUUAAAGAAAAUGGGAACCAGAGCACAGAGAAUAACUUAAUGCCAUAUACACACAUUCCCUGUCUCUCCAGGUUUUUACAGACUUUAGGUAUUGUGCUGGGCCAUGUUUUGUUUGCCCUGAGUUACCUGGACACAUGGUACAAUACAGUAUGUGUGUAUGUAUAUAACCUGUUCAUCCCAACUUCCAGUUUUCAAAACCAGUGCAAUUUAAUCAUUCCCCUGGUCUGCCAGCAGCAUCUCAGCUGUCAGCAGAGGAUUUGAAAUUACAAAUAUCUGACUUGUGUCACCAAAAAAAAUUGCCAUGGUUUCUAUCAGUUUUUGUAUGCUGUGUUUGUUGGAGCGAACUGGUGGCUGUGAAAUGGAUGACAGCAUUUUUCAUACUACUUUGACAGUUUUUGGAUAUUUUCUUAAACCUACAGAUUUGUAAUAAAGUUUCUUUUUUUAAAACCUCCCCUGUA